AUGUGUUCUGCGGUAACAGGGGACGUGGUGACGAAAGCCGUGGACCGCGCCUUCUUGGAACUUGCGGAGCUGGACGGCAAGAAGGACGAGGAGGGGCGGCCGGUGAUUAACGUGCCAGAGCUAUACACCGGCGUGCUGCUCGUGUACAACUACGUGAACCGCUACUCGCCGGGGAGUUAUUUGAGCCCACCAAGGAAGAAGGACGUUCUCAAGCUGGUCAAGAAGUUCGAUCUCAACAAUGACGGGGUAAUAGACAGGGAGGAAUUCGGUCUCUUCCUCCGGCACUUUGUGAAGCAUCUCCUGAGAAACAUGAUCAUCAACAUUCUCGUCAUGCUCACUGUGAUCCCGUUCCUAUGCUACUUCACAUGCAAGGCCAUGGGUAGCUUCCGCGAUGUGACUAUAACGGAAGGAAACUUCACGGACCUCACGCUGAUUGGACAGUACAGAGGCCGGUUCAACAGUCAGGGAGGAAGAUACAAGGCGCACGAAGCGGGGUCAGGCCCGCUAAACCUCGAACUCUAUCAGGAGGUUGGUAACCACGUGGACAUCGUGCGGGGCGACAGCGGGGGCACGCUGGAGAGCUGCUGCAGAGCGUGCGCGGGCGACAAGGCCUGCCACGCCUACCACUUCUUCCCGAGCAAACGGCUAGCCGACAAUGCUAACGUGCGGGGCUUCAUUGACGGCGUGCAGUGCUACCUGCUGGAGAAGAGCGCGGGGUCGGGACGGACAGCGGGGCUCAGACAUCCUUAUAGCGGGGAUGGAAGAGAGCAGGAUGCUAUGGCCGCAUACUACCCGCUCAGCUGGGUGGGAGGCUCAUGCGACACAUCUCGCCUGGACAACACUGACCCGCGCAUCACAGGCGCGCACGGGACCCUCUUCGACUUCCCCGGGCAGCUCGGAAAAUCUUUCUGCUUGCUCGCCGACCGUCGGAUCCACAUCAACGUGCUGCUGCAGAGCCACCAGGGACAAGAGUCUGCCACAGCAGCGGCGCUAGCAGCAGCAGGGAUGCCGAGGAGAGUGGCAGAGGGAAGCCUGCAUGUGUGGGUGAAGGAGGUGGGAGUGGUGUGGGUGUCAGGUGCAUCUGGCGGCAGGCAGCACUCUCUGCGAAUGGUGGCGCGCUCAGGCAACCAGCAGGACAGGGGGGCCCACGGCUUCCUCGCUCUCAUGCAGGUGGACGGUGCUGACGUGGCACCGCCACGUUUCCAUGAUGACCUGGCAGUGGUGGGAGCCGACGGAAGUGUGGAGAUAAGGAAGACGGCGGAGGAUGAGGAUGGGCCUUUCGACGUGGACACAUAUGAAGUUGCGAUUGAAGGGUUGGGGAAGGUGCAUGUGAGCAUGAGGGUUGCCCACCCUUUGCUUCAAACACCAGAGGAAGCUGAGACCCAUUUCAACAUCCGGGUGGUUGAACUGCAGGUAAGAGGGGUGACUGUGGUGUCAUUCAGACCAUAG